AUGGACAAAAUCAAUGGAUUGAGUGAUGACGUUCUCGUGAAGAUAUUAACGUUUCUUCCAACAAACGUUGCUGUAUCCACUUGCAUUUUGUCUAAGCGAUGGGAGUGUCUUUGGAUGUGGUUGCCUAAACUUGAUUUCUUUUCUUUGUGGCUUAAAAAGAAUGGACUUCGUGAUUUUAUAUACAAGAACCUGCCAUUACAUAGAGCUCAUGUCAUAGAAAGAUUAAGUCUCCACAUAUAUUUUAAUCGAGAAAUCGAACCUGAAGAUAUCAAACGGUGGAUUGAAAUCGCGGUUUCUCGCUAUGUACGUGAGCUAGAGAUUGAUUAUUCUCCCAAGAAUGAAAACAUAUUUCCAAGCAACUUCUUUACUUGCAAAUCGCUUGUGAGCUUGAAACUCAACCGCGUGACUCUCAAAGACGUUCCUUCUAUGGUUUGUCUUCCUUCUCUCAAAACUUUGCAACUUAAACCUGUUGCACCCAUAGAUGGAAGAUGUCUUCAACAUAUUCUAUCUGGUUGUCAUGUUCUUGAAGAUCUAUCUGUGCAGCUUUGGCUUAGUAACAAUAUGAGAGUGUUCACUUUAACCAUCCCGUCUUUGAGGAGUUUAUCACUCUUUUUACAUAGUAAUUUUAGCUUAGAUGGGUAUGAGAUAGAUACUCCUUGUUUAGAGUAUUUGAAACUUGAAGACUGGACUCAACGGAUACACUACUCUUUGAUUAAGAAUAUGCCUAGGCUGAGGGAAGCAUAUGUCGAUGUUCGACCCUUUCAAGAGUGUUUUGGAUCAAUCACAUCUGUCAAGCGUCUCACAAUAUGUUGUAGAGAGGAUCAUGUUUAUGGUGAAGGUUUUGUUUUCGACCAGCUUGAACAUCUUGAGCUAUGUGUGCGCAAAAAGGAGGUUUCUUCAAAUCUCCUUCGCCAAUUUCUCAAAGAUUCUCCUAACUUGCGAAAACUAGACUUCUCAGUUUUAAAAUUUCGGGAAUUUUUGGGAUGUUGA